AUGGCUUCAUCAAUAAGUGGUCCAAUACCCUUACCGCAAUCCAAAUAUGAUUUAAACACAUACUGGGGAAGAGUAAAACAUUGUGCACAAAUUUCAGAUCCAACAAUGUUAUUAAACACUUCUAAAGAUAUUCAAACUGCAAAAACAAUGAUUUGGGAUUAUAAAAAUGGUGUAACUCACUCAUGGAGUCCAGAACUUUGGAGAGCUAAAAAAGUACUUGAUUCAACAUUACAUCCAGAUACUGGAGAAACGGUUUUUUUACCUUUUAGAAUGUCAAGUUGUGCGUUGUCUAAUUUGGUGGUUACUGCUGGGAUGCUUACACCAAAUUUAGGUACUGUAGGGACAUUAUUUUGGCAAAUUGCUAAUCAAAGUUUAAAUGUUGCUAUAAAUACUGCUAAUUCAAAUAAAUCACAUCCUUUAACUACAAAGCAAAUUAUAACAAAUUAUACAAUGGCAGUUACUGCUUCAUGUACUGUUGCAUUGGGUUUAAAUUCGUUAGUUCCAAGAUUGAAAAAUAUUAAACCAAAUACAAGAGUUAUACUAGGUAGAUUAGUUCCUUUUGCUGCUGUUGUAUCUGCUGGUAUUGCAAAUGUUUUCUUAAUGAGAAGUGAAGAAUUGAAAAAGGGAAUUUCUGUUUAUGAUAAAGAAGGUAAAGAUUUAGGUAAUUCUAAAAUUGCAGCUUGGUAUGCUGUGGGAGAAACUGCAGCUAGUAGAGUAAUUAAUGCAACUCCAAUUAUGGUCAUACCGCCAAUCUUAUUACUCAAGUUACAAAAGACAAAAUUUUUAAGAAAUAAACCAAAGUCCGUUGAAAUUGCAACUAAUAUUGGUUUAAUUUUUAUUACUUCUUUAGUGGUGUUACCUUUUGCAUUAGCUGUUUUUCCACAAAGAGAAACUUUGCCAGUAAGUAGAUUGGAGAAAAAAUUUCAGGAUUUAAAGAAUAAAGAAGGUCAAAAAAUUGAAGUUGUUGAAUUUAAUAGAGGUAUAUAA